CAGCGCCGCGCGCUCCAAGGCGGCGAUCGAGCGAGCGCGCGUGCAGCCGCCGCCGCCCUGAGCACCCGCAGCUCCCGCGCCGCGGCGAGACCGAGGAGAGACGGACCGACCGACGGACCCUCGCAGCCGCAGCAUCCCGGAGGAGAACAUGCUUGCCAAUUCAGGCAGUGUGAGGAUUCUCAUCAAGGGAGGCAAGGUGGUGAACGAUGAUUGCACCCACGAGGCUGAUGUCUACAUUGAGAAUGGCAUCAUCCAGCAGGUGGGCCGUGAGCUGAUGAUCCCCGGAGGGGCCAAGGUGAUUGAUGCCACUGGGAAGCUGGUGAUCCCUGGAGGUAUUGACACCAGCACCCACUUCCAUCAGACCUUCAUGAAUGCUACGUGUGUGGAUGACUUCUACCAUGGGACCAAGGCAGCACUAGUUGGAGGCACCACCAUGGUCAUCGGCCACGUCCUGCCUGAUAAGGAAACCUCCCUUGUGGAUGCCUAUGAGAAGUGCCGGGGUCUGGCGGACCCCAAGGUCUGCUGUGACUAUGCCCUGCACGUGGGGAUCACCUGGUGGGCACCCAAGGUGAAAGCAGAAAUGGAGACACUGGUAAGAGAGAAGGGUGUCAACUCCUUCCAGAUGUUCAUGACCUACAAAGACUUGUAUAUGCUUCGGGACAGCGAGCUGUAUCAAGUGUUGCAUGCUUGCAAGGACAUUGGAGCGAUCCCCCGAGUCCAUGCUGAGAAUGGGGAGCUCGUGGCCGAGGGUGCCAAGGAAGCGCUAGAUUUGGGUAUCACGGGCCCAGAAGGAAUCGAAAUCAGCCGCCCAGAGGAGCUGGAAGCUGAAGCCACUCACCGAGUCAUCACCAUUGCAAACAGGACUCACUGCCCGAUCUACCUGGUCAACGUGUCCAGCAUCUCGGCCGGCGAUGUUAUUGCAGCUGCUAAGAUGCAAGGGAAGGUUGUGCUGGCUGAGACCACCACCGCGCAUGCCACACUGACGGGCUUACACUACUACCACCAGGACUGGUCCCACGCGGCGGCCUAUGUCACAGUGCCUCCCCUGAGACUGGACACCAACACCUCAACCUACCUCAUGAGCCUGCUGGCCAAUGAUACUCUGAACAUUGUGGCAUCAGAUCACCGGCCUUUCACUACGAAGCAGAAAGCUAUGGGCAAGGAGGACUUCACCAAGAUUCCACAUGGAGUGAGUGGCGUGCAGGACCGCAUGAGCGUCAUCUGGGAGAGAGGAGUGGUUGGAGGAAAGAUGGAUGAGAACCGUUUUGUGGCUGUUACCAGUUCCAAUGCAGCGAAGAUUCUCAACCUGUAUCCCCGCAAAGGCCGCAUCAUCCCUGGAGCUGAUGCUGACGUGGUGGUGUGGGAUCCAGAAGCCACAAAGACCAUCUCAGCCAGCACCCAGGUGCAAGGAGGAGACUUCAACCUGUAUGAGAACAUGCGCUGCCAUGGCGUACCACUGGUCACCAUCAGCCGGGGGCGAGUCGUGUACGAGAAUGGUGUCUUCAUGUGUGCGGAGGGCACUGGCAAGUUCUACCCCCUGAGGUCCUUCCCAGAUACUGUCUACAAGAAGCUAGUCCAGAGAGAAAAGACCUUAAAGGUUAAGGGAGUGGACCGCACUCCCUACCUGGGGGAUGUAGCUAUCGUCGUGCAUCCUGGGAAGAAAGAGAUGGGAACACCGCUCGCCGACACCCCUACCCGGCCUGUCACCCGACACGGGGGCAUGAGGGAUCUUCAUGAAUCCAGCUUCAGCCUCUCUGGUUCUCAAAUUGAUGACCAUGUUCCAAAGCGAGCUUCGGCUCGGAUCCUCGCUCCCCCCGGAGGCAGGUCAAGCGGCAUUUGGUAAAGGCACUGACCAGCCCCUGCAAGUGAGGACGCACCGCCGCCACCAGCCCGCACACCCUCUGGCCACUGCUGCAGGGGGCGGGAGAGGCUGGGCCGGGCAGCGGGCAGCGCACCACCUGAGGGGGCCACGGGACCCGGGGAGCAGCUCCCCAUGUCUGCCACGUGAUUCACUGUGCUUCGAGCCAACCCUAACAGGCACUUUGAGAUGUGUUCCUCCCGUCACAGUCCUUUCCUGCCUUGACCUCGGCAGGCUUUUGGGGAGCCCAGGAAACCCACACUAUGCACAGAGCCCAAUGCAUAGAGCCCGGCCCAGCCCCUCCUCCUACAGCCGCCUCCAUGUGCUGGCUUUGGGAAAGCCCAGACUUUAGUGCCCUGCCCCCUGGCUGACCCGCCAGCUGUCCGGAGCACUUUAGCAGAUGCGCGUUGGAGGGAAAGGCCCCCUCCCUCUAAGGAGGCUCUGUGGUCACUUUUCCCCAGUCAGACAGGUGUCGGCUUCCCAGCCGCGCCCAGCGUGUCCCGUGUUUCCCAACGUGGCCCUGGCCCCUGUGUGGGUGCGGUUGGGACACUCUGCACCCUUCGCCAGCUUCUUCCUCCUCCCACCCCACCCCCCGGGAGUCACAGGCCCCGAGGGGCUAGCCGGGCGGGGCACGGGGCUGGUGCCAGGCGCGUGUACAUGAUUUUGUUUUGCACGUUUGGUUUGCGCAGUGGUUUGGUUUGACUUGUUUGUGCAUCCUGUGAAGAAUAACGGUGCUUCGUGUCACUAGCAUAGCAUAGAAACAGGAGUAGAUGUGGAUCUUAAGAGACGCUGCACUCGACACCGACCAGACAGCCGAGGGCACAGACCAGGAGCAGGGCGAGGUGCUGGCCUCACGGGCCCCUCUCCUCCCCACCUGGAGGCUUCCAGGCCGCCGCAGCCCCAUCCCAGGCCCUCCUCCUGUCCCUGCCCCUCCUGGUUAGUUUCCUACAUUCCUAGGGGAUGCCCAGUACGCCAACCCUGGGGGCCUCUGGGGAGCCUUUCCCAUAUCUGGCUCUGACCACUCCCAGCACUAACACCCCCAAACACCCAGCUUCCUGGAAACUCCCCCCACUGGGCAGAGGCCCUGCUGCUCCUCCUGUGUGAUUGGCAAGAGGCCUCAUGCCUGCUAAGAGAGGGGGAGCGGAACUAGGGAGUGAGUGGGCUAGAGGCGGGGGAGGGAGGCCAGGCCUGGGCAGACCCAGCUGGAGAGCCCACAAUGCUGCACAGGUGCUGUGGCCCCUGUGGUCAACACCUCACCUGUACCUGCUUCUCCUCCCACGUCCAGUUGGGCUCUCCCUGCCUCAGAAGCUCCAGGAGGUUUCCGUGGAAACACUAGAGGCUGGGUGAUCUCCGUCCACCCUGAGUGAACUGGGAAGCAACUCGACUGCCUGCCCUUCUUUCUUAAGCCUUGCCCCCCCCCCCCCCCCCCGACCUCCCCAUCACAGGAGUGAUUUCAUGUUGCACAUUUGCUUUGUGCACCCGGGGCUUGUGCCAGGGCUCUUGGGCUAGUGGUCACACCCUGCACAUUUCUUCAGUGCUUUACAUGUUUCAAAGCGCUUCCAUACACGAGCCCUCAACUGCUCCACAUGACAGAGCAUUCGUUGUUCUCCCCAUUUCACAGACGAGGCCCAGAAAGAGUAGGCCUUCUGACCCCAGAAGUGCCCAUGAUGACCCUUAAAGAGCGUGGCUGUCUACCCUAGCUGUGGAAAGGAAGAGUGGGGUGACAUCUCUUGCAGAUCCCACCUGAGAAUUUAACCCUCCAGAAGACUUACACCCUUGGUAGGUGUUCUGCUUUGUUUCGCACAGGUAGAUAGAUUUUUCUUAUAAACAAGCUAAUGCAUAUUCACUGUCUGAGCCAGAACUUGUUAAAUAGUGGGGGCCUUGCCAUGUGAUUUCAGCUGCCUCCACAUCCUCACUUCCCCCUCCAUGCUCAUCCUCCUCACUUAGGAGCUGAAAGGACAGAGAUAGUACCCCAGGGAGCAAGGGAAGAAAGACACUCAUGGAGGGGGGCAGCCACAGGGACAGUAGGUAGGGCUCUGGGCCUGGGAAACCGUGACAUGAUACAAUGCACAUCAUCUUCUUCAUCCCAGCCCUCUGCUGGGUCAUGGGCCUUGGGCAGAUGCCAAAGAGCCGAGCAGUGGUGGUAGCCAGCAGGCAGAGCAUCCCUGCUUGGGCUAGGAAAGCUUUACCUUCUCUGAGUGCCUCCACCUGAGAGAUGCAUGGUCCAUGGGAUGGCUCUGGGAGAUCACAUCUUGGAGUGGUCCACCCUAGGCCUUCCCCUCCAUCUCACCUUCCC